AUGGGAGAUCUUUUGUCGACAUGCGGGUGCACCAACCCAGACGAGGAGUGCACGAAGGAAGUGGUUGCUCGCGUGUGGGUGGCACCUGCGGGACCUGUGCUCCUCGGUAACGUCUUCCCGGCCAGGCCAAACCCACCCAGGAAAGUACCCAGAUCCACUUCCAGCCUAAGCAGGGCCGCUUCCGAAGCGAACGCCACCUUCCGGGCCUAUCACGAGGACAGGUCCGUGAUCAUCGACCCCUUUCUGGUGGAGCCGAAUGGUGAUGCCUGGGGCUACUUCGCCGUGUACGAUGGCCACGGCGGGUCCGAGGCGGUGGACGCUGUCAAGGCGCAGCUGCACAUCCUCGUCCUCGACGAGCUGGUGAGGGUCACAAGGGCAGGGCCCGUGACUGAUGCGGUGGUCGCCGGGGUGCUCACCAGGGCCUUCCGCCGAGUUGAUGAGCAGCUGAAGCUGCUGGGCCCUGCAACUUGGCAAUGCGGCUGCACGGCCACCGUGGUGCUAUCACAUCGCACGGCUGCUAGGCUGCGUCUCCACGUGGGGGUUCUUAGAGACCUGUGA